AAGCUCCCCGGCGCGUCGACGCGAUGCUGUGCCGGCACAGCGGGUGCUGCGUGGCGCCCUGGUGGUUCUGCUGCGACGAGGGAGGGCGGGGGGACCUGCUCAGCAGCGAGGAGCCGCCGUCAAGACGCCACCUCAAGAAAUCCCAGGAGAAUCGCCUGCUGGUGGAGAAAAGCGUGAAGGAGGGAAUCCUGUUAAAGCAGACGAGCUCUUUCCAGAGAUGGAAGAGGAGGUACUUCAAACUCCGAGGGAGGACCCUCUACUACGCCAAAGACUGCAAGUCUCUGAUUUUUGACGAGGUGGACCUAUCGGACGCGAGCGUGGCCGAGACCAGCACCAAGAACAUCAACAACAGCUUCACGGUGAUCACUCCUUUUCGCAAACUGAUGCUGUGCGCCGAGAGCAGGAAGGAAAUGGAGGACUGGAUCGGCGCUCUCAGGUCCGUCCAGAAGUGGGAAACCUACGAGGCCAGCCAGUUCAACAUGGAGCACUUCUCCGGGAUGCACAACUGGUACGCCUGCUCGCACGCCAGACCCACCUUCUGCAACGUCUGCCGGGAGGCCCUGCCAGGCGUCACCUCCCACGGCCUCUCCUGCGAAGUCUGCAAGUUCAAGGCCCACAAGCGCUGCGCCGUCCGCUCCACCAACACCUGCAAGUGGACCACGCUGGCCUCCAUCGGCAACGACAUCAUCGAGGACGAGGACGGGGUCUUCAUGCCCCACCAGUGGCUGGAGGGCAACCUGCCCGUCAGCGCCAAGUGCGUGGUGUGCGACAAGAACUGCGGCAGCGUGCGGCGGCUGCAGGACUGGCGCUGCCUCUGGUGCAAAACCAUCGUCCACAACAGCUGUAAAGAACAAAUGGGGAAGGUGUGUCCAUUGGGUCAAUAUCGGGUGUCAAUCAUCCCUCCCACUGCACUUAACAGCAUCGACUCCGAUGGUGAGACACCUCGCGCGCACACACACACACGCAGACGCACGAUGAACAACAAUGAAAAUGACCCCCGGCUCUUAUAG